UGCUUCCUGACGCAGGAGCCCUGAGAGGGUCCAGAUAUUACUUACGCUUUACAUGUAGCUCAUUCGUUUCAACGCAGUAGUACAGCGGCCAAUUUCGUCGAAAACACUUGUUACGCUUCGAAGUUGAGGCGAUGGUCGUGUUUUGACACAUACGACACAAAAUGCGCCGAUUCAGUACAACCCAAGCUGACUGCCUUUUGGCCUGGCAUUCGGCUGGUGGAGCUUGAGCCGGACCCCCCGUGCCGUUCGAACAUUGCAGCGAGUGAACGGGCCCUGGCUCAAUGGAUUACCUCCAGGGUCCACGAGAUUCUCGUUGCAACUUUUGAUCCAUCUCGAUCUCAGACCUCACUUUCCUAUUUGCCUUUGGCAAAGCACCCCCAACACAACCAACCGAGCUGUACUCCACGCCUCAACGAUGAAGCUUCUCUCCACUGCAUUCGCUGCCUUCGCUCUGCUCGCUGCCACCGUCAAUGGCUCGCCCAUGCUCCGCAUGGAAACCGAAGGCAAGAGCAAGUCUGAUCAGCAGCAAGUGCAGCAACAACAGCAGAGCAGCACCAGCAGCAGCAGUGGUUGUAACCUUACCGCCACCUACAAGAAGGGCACCGACAUCUCAUCUUGCAGCUCCGUGACUAUCGGCUCGCUCACUGUGCCUGCCGGUGUCACGCUGGACUUAAGUAAGGCCAAGAGCGGCGCUACCAUCACGUUCACCGGCACUACGACGUUCGGACCGGCCAAGUGGAUGGACCCCUCGUUCUGCUUGGAGGCAACAGCCUCGCGGUCAAGGGUCCCGCGUCGCCGCCUUCGUGUCGGUCGUCCGCUGUAG